GGCCGCACUUCUGGUGGAUCCCGUCGGAAUGGCAACCAGCCGACGAGGCCUCGAGGACGUUCGAGGGCCUCUCGUUGGUGCAUGCUGGGCCCGCUGCGCGUGGCUGGGCGCGGCACCUUCGUGGAGGAGCCGCAGAGCAGCUCGGACCGCCUGCCCGUGUCGACCUUGGGGCCAAGGCCCAAGAGGCGCCGCCUGGCGACCGCCGCAGCGGCCGAGGGGCUGGCGCGCAGGCCGAGCGGCCUGGCGGGCGGGGCGGCCCCGGCCAAGAGGCCAGCGGCACGCCGCAAGCCCGCCGCCAGUGCCGCCCCCCGCGCGGCGCGGGCGCGGCCAGCGGCGCACGCACCGGUGCCGCCGCCCCAGCUGCACGCCCGGCUGGCCAAGGCCCUGGAGCCCAACCGGAGCAGCCCCGCCUCGGCCAUGGCGCUCUCCAGGUGCGAGCUGGCCGCGGCGGCCGACGCGACGCGCGUCGGCUACAGGGCGUACUCCGAUGCGUUUCAGGUGUUCUUCGCGGAGGAGGGGGGGGCGCCGUCGACCGUCGAGGACAUGGAGGUGCGGGCGCUGCAGUUCCUCGACCUCAUGCUGGAGGCGGAGUGCACCCGAGCCGACGCGACCAUCCUGGUCGCGGCUGUCAAGGACGCCUACCCGCGGCGCAGGGCCCCCGGGCCUCGGGAACUCCUCGGCGCUGCCGCGUCCGAGAUGCCGGCGCGGGCGCAGAGGGACUGUGCGCUCCAGGUGGCGUCGACCUUCUUCACCUACAUCCGCCCAGGAGCCCUUCGGAAGCUACAAGUACGGCAGCUGUUGGCCCCCUCGAGGGCCUCGGGGCAGUUGCAGCGCUGGAGCCUGAUCCUCGCCCCGACCCAGAUGGACGCGGGCGCGCCAGGCGAUCCGAGGGGCCCCCAUCGAGAGCUCACCAAGACAGGCACCUCAGACGAGACCGUGAUCCUCGACCACCCAGCCUGGCUCAGCGAGUGCCUGGCGGCCCAUGUUCGCGGGAAGGCGCCGACCGACCUGAUCUCCCCCACCCCCGGCGCGUUCGUGGCGGCCCAGUUCGGAGUCGCAGCCAGGAAGCGCGGCCUCCCCCGGGUCUGUCUCUACCAGCUGCGACACGGGGGAGCGUCGGACGUCAUCCUGUCGGGCCGGCGGGAUCGGAAGACCGUGAAGGCUCGAGGGCAUUGGAGGACAGACUCGUCCCUGAACAGGUACGGGAAGCCCGGAGCAGCGCACCAACUCCUCAACGCCACGACCCCUGCCUCGAGGGACUUCGGCCGACAGAUGUUCGAGGUGAUGGGGUCGUUGUUCCAGCGGACCGUCGCCGCAGAGACCAUCCCCAAGUGA